GAAUUUUCGUGCCGGAACCGGAAGAGUUCCGUGUCGGCAACCCAUCACAUGCAUGCAGUAAAAGCACAACUGGACAACCAAGUCUCUUAGUAGACAUUUCUUCCUCGUAACUAAAGUUUUUAUGUAUCCCUUUUUGUAACCCACUGUCUACCUCAAGAUGUCUACUUCGUCGGUAUCAAAGGGCUGCUUUGUUUUUAAGCCGAGUGCUAAAAAGAGAAGGAAGACUUCUGACAUGGUGGAUUAUUUCAGACAUGGCUGUGAUGGAGGUGAGGACAGCAGCCUGCGAUACACACUCUGUAAGAAGCUGUGGGACACUAUUAAAGAGGAGACGGAGAGUUUACAGGAUGAGCUCAACAGGCAGAUACUAGAGGGCCUGCUGCACUUCAUCAAGAGGUGCUGCUCCGGCCCCCGCCAUACAGCGGGCCCCUGGGAGGCCCGCAUGAGGGCCAGCGAGAUCCCCACUGCUGCCCUGGUCCUCGGGGUCAACGUGCCUGACCAUGACAUGACCUUCCAGAGCUUGUGUGAACUACUGCAGCAGUCCGUCACUCCUCACGUGGCGUGUUUACAGGCCAAAGAGUGUGGCGCCUUGAAGAGUCUGAUGCGGAAGGUUCUGGAGCGGCUGGUUGGCUCUGCUGCAGAGGAUGAGGAGGAGGGUGAUACCCAUCCCCACCCAAAGGGGGCACACUGCACCCUCGCUACGCUCUGUGAGUGGUAUGAGACCAAAUCCAAGAAAUCCUCCACUCCCGGUAAGAAGCGUUCGUCUGAAGAGGAGCCCGCACGCCCCCCCAUCGUUAUUAUCUUCAAAGACCUGGAGGCCUUCAACCCGAGAGUUCUCCAGGACUUCAUCCUGAUCUGCAGUCGCUACGUGGAGCAGCUCCCCCUCAUCCUGGUGUUUGGCAUCGCUACGUCACCUAGCACCAUCCAGCAGGUGCUGCCCCACUCGGUGUCCUCCCUGCUCUGCAUAGAGCUCUUCCAGUCCCUCUCCUGCACCCAGCAUCUGUCCACGGUCAUGGACAAGUUGAUCCUGACCCACUACUUCCCCUUCAAGCCCAACGCUAAAGUCCUGCAGGUGCUGGUCAGCAUCUUCCUCUACCAUGACUUCUCUGUGAGGAACUUCAUCAAGGGUCUGAAGCUGGCGCUGCUGGAGCACUACCUCAACCAGCCGCUCAGCGUCCUGUGCUGUGAGAAGAAGGAGGAGGUGGAGCUGAACACCACCCAGCUCAGCCACCGGGGGCUGGAGUCUGUCAGGCAGCUGGCCUCCUUCAGGAGGUAUGUGGAGCAGCAGCAGCCUCAGGAACAGGUGGCUCUGCUGACGAGCGAUCAGCACAUGAAGGAAACCUGCAAGAAGCUGCUCAAAGAUCUCUACAAGUAUCACAAGAACUACUACCCGGUCCUGAGAUGUCUCCACGCCCUCACCUGCUCCCUCCCCAGGGUCCCGCUGGGGAAGCAGAUCAGGGAGCUUCACAUCACGUGUCUGGAGGGGAACGUGUGGGAGAGGGAGGAGUACCGCUCAGCCAUGCAGCUCCUGAGGAUGCUGGCUAAGGAGGAGCUGCUGAGGCAGCUGAGGGGCUGCCAGGACAUCCUGAAGCUCUGCAGGUCUACGAAGAUGAGGGCAUCUCUGGAACGACUUCAGGAACUACUGGAUCAGUUUGAGCGUUUGGACGAAGCUAAGCCUGAAACGGCGGCCAAUGAAGGCAUGACGUCUCCCGCCAAAAGUAUGGAGAAGAAGACGGACCUGUUCCAGCUGCAGAAGACGCUGCUGGAGAUGAAGGAAACUCGGAGAACUAAGAAGUUGAGCGGCUUUGAAAUUCUGAGGAACGAAGCGCUGGACUUCAUCGACGCCCUAGUGAGGAGCCACCUGGUGCCCCCGGAGACACAGCCGCUGCACGAGGUCUGCUACUACAGCUCCUCCGCCCUCCUCCGCCGCCAUCUCAACGCCACGCCGCGCACCUCCAUCCAGACGGCGCUGAGCAGCCCCUACCACUACCUCCAGAACGACGCGCUGCUCACGGAGGACGGAGGGGUCUCCAACGCAGCGCCGGACCUGUGCAUCGUGCACAAGCUGCACCUGGAGUGUGGAAGACUCAUCAACCUCUACGACUGGCUGGAGGCCUAUGCAACUGUUGUCUCUGCUGCAGAGGGCAAAGACCCAGAAUCAGAAGAAUAUGGAAAAGUGGAUGAACUCAAACAUGCUCGAUUCAUCCAGGCUGUGUCUGAGCUCCAGUUUCUCGGUUUCAUCAAGUCCACGAAGCAGAAGACAGACCAUGUGGCACGACUGACCUGGGGAGGCUGCUAACUAAUCAACAACUAAGUCGUAUUCAAAUAAAUUGACAGGAUAAAAUUGGAA